GCACCUGUCCACGGCCCGGGUCUGGGGCGGCAGGGGCCGUGGAGUCGCGGUGUUCAAGGGGGAGGAUGCGCGGUGGUUCCGACGCGGGCUCUGGAGUCAGAGUGCCGGGGUUCGUACCCCUGCCCCAUUGCCUUCCCUCUUGUGACCUUGGGCAAAUCACACCCCACUGCCCCCAGCCCGGGCUUCGUCAUCUAUGAAGUGGGGAUGGUAGUCGAGUCUGCCUCACAGGUUGCUGUGGGGGUGAAAUAACAGUAAUCCAUCUAAAUCUUUAGCAGCAGGCCUGGCACAGAGUAACCACCUAGUAGAACGUUUGGGAUGCUGUAGCCAUUGCCGACUACCGGUUAAUCUCUGCAUCUUCCAGGGAGCCCUCUGCACUGUGCUAUGCAAGCAUUUUACUUGUAUUAUCUCAUUUGAUCCUCACAGAUGAUAUAGGUAGGUACCUUAUUGCCAUUUUACAUAUGAAGGCUUGAAGAGCUUUGAGUCGCAUGCUCAAGGUUACCUGGCAGGCAGGCGGUACUGAAGGUUUCCUGUAUGCCAGGUUGGGUUUUUAAUAUCUUCUUUAAUUCUCACAACAUCUCUUGGGAGGUAGUUACUCUUUUGUUCUUGUUUUACAGAUGUGGGAUUGGCAGCUCAGAUACAGAAAUUUGUCUUGGCCAAGGUCACACAGCAAGUAAGGCAGAAAUUGGUGGCUUUACAACACACACUAAAAGUCUGCUGUGCUCUGACACUGCCCAAGGUGCUGGUAGCAGAUAACUGCAGGUGAUCCGGCUGAGGUAACAGGUACCUGUGCCCAUUACACAUGUACAGCGCCUGCCUUGAUCUAGUUACUGGAGUGGGAGAUGCUGGAGGUGUAGAAGUGAAUGAGAUUUGUCCCCUGCUUUCAGGGAGCUCCCAGUUUUAAAGGGCGGCGGAAGUGUAAGUAGUAAUUAAGAGCAAAGUGUGCUGAGUCCUGUGAUGGUCGCAAGGGAGCUUUGAGAACCCAGAGGAGAAUCCCAACCUAGACUUGGGGGCUAGGGGGAGUGGUUAGGGCAAGAUUCCAGGAGGAAGCAGUACAGGGGGAUAUUGCAGCUUAGAAGUUAGUGAAAAUUAGUACAAAGAUAUCAGGUAUGGCUGCACUGAGGCCAUCAGGCCCUACACGUGGGGUCCAUAAGAAUAUGUCAUGAAAAAGUAUGCCCCCAUCACGUUACCUGACUUACCUAGCUAGGUUCCUUACUGGGAGGAACCACUGUUUUUUAGGCAUUCUAGACAUAUUCUGAGCAUUUACAAACGUGUACCUCAACUUUUCUGGCCCCUUCCCCCGACAGAUCCUAGUGCAGCACACUGUGUAGCGUUGAACGCUUUGUCUCCUUGCUUUUGUCAUGUACUAGUGUUAGAGAUCAGCCUCACUUUCUAACAGUUGCAUCUUUUUCCAGCCUUACUACUAGUCCCCUGUUGAUGGCAUUUAGAUCUCUUCCUUCUAUUUCUUUGCUAGUAGAAACACGCUGUAUUGAAUAUCUUUAUACCUAGAUCAUUUUGCACAUAUAUCUGUAGGAUAAAUAUCUAGGAAUGGAACUUUUUGGGUCAAAGGAUUUGUGCAUUUGUAACUUUGAUGGAAAGUGGCAAACUGCCCUCUGUAAAGGUCGUGGCUUUUUCUAGUCCCUCCAGCCAUGUGUGAGAAGGGCCUGGGUGGGAAGGGCCUUGAAGAGAUUUGAGUCUCUUGGAAGGUAGAAGAAAUUACUCAUCAGGCAUCACAUUAGAUACUUUCCUUUUGAAGGAGCUCAGAGGAAGAUGCUCUCAGCCAAUAAGUGGUUUUCACAGGCAGUCCCCAAUUUACCAUGGGGUUACAUUCCAACAACUGCUUUGUAAAUUGGUUCUGAUGUAAGUUGAAUACCCCCCCCUUUUUUUUUCAGUUUUCAUUUUUAUUGCCUUUUAUUAACAGUAUCUUUAUAAAUCCCCUCCUGUUUGUCUUUGGGGGUUGGCAUGAGAACGAUAACAUCAGCAAAUUGUGCACUGCAAUAUUGUAUGUAGUACAUAUUAAUAAGGAUAAGAUGUACAAAAAGAAAAGACAGCUUAGUAAAUGGGGUUUGAUGUAGCUAGAGCAUCUUCUAAAUCAGCCACUACCUAUAUUAGGAAACAGUGUAGCCAAGUGGCUAGAGGCUCUGGUUUUGCCCUCAUGCAGGCCUUGAUUUAAGUCCUGACUGUGCUGCUUACUGGCUGUGGGAUCUUAGGUAAGUUCCUCAGCCCGUAUGUCUGUUGCCUUAUCUCUGAAUGGGGAUAAUAGCAGUAUCUGUUUCCUAGGUUGCUGAGGAUUGCUGUGAAGAUUGAAUGAAUUAAUACACUUAAAGCCCUUCAAGCUAUUUCUGGCUCACAGGGCUACUUUGUUAUUCUCUCAUGGCUUUGCAUCUCAUCUCUAGCUGCCUCAUUUUGAAAACAGUCUGUGUGGAUUUGUAUCUCAUCUCUGCUGCUGCUUUGUGUGGUUUUCAGCAAGUUGCCUCAGUUUGCUUACCUGUAAAAUAGGGAUGAUAUUAUUUUUAUUUAGUCUUGUGUAUCUACUUGAACUAAGAAGCACACUCUUCAUGAGUAUCAUUUUAUGUCUUAUAGUCCAGUCUAAUCUUUGUCUGAAUACUUGGCUUCGGGAGUAGUUUUAGUUCUGGAUAACAGAGAGUCCGGGGGGCGGGGAUGAUAUUAUUAAGAGUACCUUGUUAAUGGGUUUUUGUGAGGAUUCAAUGAAUGAAUACACUUGAAGUGCCGGAGCAGUGCCCGUACAUAGUGUUCGAUAAAUGCUGGUGAUGUCCAUCGUUCUUGCAGACUUUGGGCUGUUCAGUGCCAUGCAGCCUUUACGGCACGUCCUGAAAGCACAGGGGUCUCCGAGGUGGGGGCCGUUGACCCCUGCAUCCUGGCUGCUGCUCAAGAACUUCAGGGCUCACGGCGGUCUUCCCAGUACUGCAAAUCCCAGUCCAGAAAGGCAGGAGGAUGGAGUUCCAAAGGAUUUUAGCUCCAGGCUGGCGACUGGACCAACUUUUCAGGAUUUUUUAAGAAGUGCUUCAGGUCCUCAAGAAGAGCCGUCUUCUCCAGAAGCAGAGGACCCACCCCCCUAUCUUACCGUGGACGAACUUCUAGGAAGGCAGAGAAAAGUCUACCUGGAGACCUAUGGCUGCCAGAUGAAUGUGAACGACACAGAGAUAGCCUGGUCCAUCCUACAGAAGAGUGGCUACCUGAGGACCAGUAACCUCCGAGAGGCUGACGUGGUCCUUCUUGUCACAUGUUCCAUCAGGGAGAAAGCUGAGCAGACCAUCUGGAAUCGUUUGCGACAACUUAAAGUCCUGAAGACAAAACGGCCCCUCUCUCGAGUGCCUCUGAGGAUUGGGAUACUAGGCUGCAUGGCUGAGAGAUUGAAGGAGGAGAUCCUCAACAGGGAGAAAAUGGUGGAUCUUUUGGCUGGCCCUGAUGCCUAUCGGGACCUUCCCCGUCUGCUGGCUAUAGCGGAGUCAGGCCAGCAAGCUGCCAAUGUGCUGCUCUCUUUGGAUGAGACCUAUGCCGAUGUCAUGCCGGUCCAGACCAGCCGCAGUGCCACCUCUGCCUUUGUGUCAAUAAUGCGAGGCUGUGACAACAUGUGUAGCUACUGCAUUGUCCCUUUCACACGUGGCCGGGAGAGGAGCCGGCCUGUCGCCUCAAUUCUGGAGGAAGUGAGGAAGCUUUCUGAGCAGGGGUUGAAAGAAGUGACACUCCUUGGUCAGAAUGUUAAUAGUUUUCGGGACAGUUCAGAGGUCCAGUUCAACAAUGCAGUGUCCACCAACCUUAGCCGUGGCUUCACCACCAACUAUAAAAUGAAGCAAGGAGGCCUUCGUUUUGCUUACCUUCUGGAUCAAGUCUCCAGAGUAGAUCCUGAAAUGAGAAUCCGUUUUACCUCUCCCCACCCCAAGGACUUUCCUGAUGAGGUUCUGCAGCUGAUUGAUGAGAGACACAACAUCUGUAAACAGAUCCACCUGCCGGCCCAGAGUGGAAGCAGCCGUGUGUUGGAGGCCAUGCGUAGGGGAUAUUCAAGAGAAGCAUAUGUGGAGUUGAUUCACCAUAUCAGGGAGUCUAUUCCAGGUGUGAGCCUCAGCAGCGAUUUCAUUGCUGGCUUUUGUGGUGAGACUGAGGAAGAUCACCUCCAGACAGUGUCUUUACUUCGGGAAGUUCAGUACAACAUGGGCUUCCUCUUUGCCUACAGCAUGAGACAGAAGACGCGGGCGUAUCACAGGCUGCAGGAUGAUGUCCCGGGAGAGGUAAAAAAAAGGCGUUUGAAGGAACUUAUCUCUGUAUUCCGAGAAGAAGCAACAAAAGCCAACAAGAACUCUGUCGGCUCUUCCCAGCUGGUGCUGGUAGAGGGGCUCAGUAAACGCUCUGCCACUGACCUGUGUGGCCGAAAUGAUGGAAACCUUAAGGUGAUCUUUCCUGAUACAGAGAUGGAGGAUGUCACUAACCCUGGGCUCAGAGUCAGAGCCCAACCUGGGGACUAUGUCAUGGUGAAGAUCACCUCCGCCAGCUCUCAGACACUGAAGGGACAUGUUCUCUACAGGACCACUCUGAAGGACUCCUCAGCAUGUUGCUGACCUGAGUGGAUGGCCACUCAGGGCUGACUUGGGCAGUCCUUCCCAACAGGAAGGGAGAUUUGACUGGUCACUAAUCAAAGAGGUAAUAAAGCUUUGGAGACUGGUUGCAAAUGGUGACUCAACUUCAUGUCAAGUGGAAAACACCUCUCCUUGCUGCUCUGUGAACAGCCUUUAAAUUAUUAAAUUUGCCUAAACUUAAGUGGCCUGUUUUGUUUCUCUUCUUUUACUUCAUUUUUGCCUUGACUAGUUUUAGUGUUAGUCUAGAGUUUUCCCAAUAAUCUCUGCAUUGUGUUUCCCAACCCAGACUGAGCUGCAGACACUGCUAAUCUCUGUUUUUUUUCCCCUUGGCCUGAGGAACUAGGGACUAGAGGAGAGGAUGAUGGGAAGAGAACCAUUUGCUUAGGAAAAACUGCUCUAGAUCUUUCUGACACUUUGAUUUGAUACCAUUGACUCAUCUGCCUAUCUCCUUAUUUUAUUCUUCAUAUCUUACUUGAGGAUGUUCCUCAUGGACCCUUUUUUUAGCCUGUCAGUUUAUUCUUUUCCUUCAGGUCUAGAAGCCCUUGGGUUUUUGGAAAACAUCAUUACCCACCAAUAGCCUCAGAGCAGGUUCUUGGCUAAUUUACCAGCUAGAUUAUUUUUUCCUGUCAGUGUCAUAAAAAAAUCUAAGAGGUGGUACCAUGGAAUAUUUGAACUCAGAAGAACUUUGGCUCAAGUCCCUAUCACUCCAUUGCUUAAGAGCUGUGUGAUCUUUAGCAAGUUACUUUAUUCUUCUAUGCCUUGGCUUUUUAAUGUGGGACAAGACGAUACCAAUAAAAUACUUAUAUGUUGCUUUUGAUGUUAAGCGAGAUUUAUACUUGUAAACAGCUUACUACAGUCCAUGGCAGUUUUAAUUAAAUGUGAGUGAUCACUGAAAGAUUUUGCCUCUAAAAUAGACUGCAUUUAUUAGGAUAUGGUGAAGGUUUAUCGUUUGCCUGGCUACGUGAUCUCCUUUAGGCCUUUCAUCAACCUGCAUGGCAGCCUUUGGGAACCCCAGUCUGGGAACUUUUCCUCAGGUACUGGUUACACUGAGAAAAUGGGUUCCUAGUCUCAGGGUUUGUCUUCUGUUGGGAAGAAAAUCUGUUAUGGCACUUUACCUCAGUUCUUCAUUCAAAAGAUAUUUAAAAAAAAAAAAGUUUGAAAUUUUAUUUCACUUUUUAUAAGAAAGUAAAAUAUGUAGCAAAUAAUUCAAAUAAUACAGUAGGUACCUACAAUCAGUCAAUCUCCUUCCUACCGCUUUUCUGUAAUUGCCUCUUUCCCUGUUACAAAGGCCAGCACUUUCAUCUCUAUAUACAGUGAUUUGU